CCUUCUGUCAUCUGUAUUCUGUAGUGUGUUUAAUGUUUAUAAACAUGGCUGCAAAAUUCAAUUGGUGUGUACCGUCAACUACAAAAUUAAUAGAAAUGUAUAAAGCUGAUGAGGCGCUUUACAACGUGAGGCACCCAGAGUACAAAAAUAGAUUAAGAAGAUUGGAGAGCUACAAAAAUAUUGCGGAGGUCAUUAGCCGUGACAUACGGCCGGGUUGCACGGUGGAAGAUAUAAAAAAGAAAAUUGAUGGCCUCCGCUCAAGCUACUUCCACGAAAAAGAAAAACAUGAAAUGCAGGCUCAGUACUCUUCCCAAGAAGAGACUGAUGUAGCUUGCAGUGAGCCCCAGCCCCAGCAUCAUGAGCAGCCUCCCACAAAGAGAAGAAAAGUUACAACCGAUGUUAUUGUGGAUGUCACCGAAAAGUUCAAGGCUGUCGCUGAUAUGUGCAGAAAUAAGUCUCAGCCUGUCAGAGGAGACCGGUAUAGUGCCCUUGCCGCCCACAUCACUGCUGUGCUGCGGGAGAUGGAAAAUGUGGGUGGUAAAGCAUUUGCAACAGACACUAUGCAAGGGUUAAUUCGGUGUCUGAUGGACAGGUGGGAUUUGCUGUAUGCGACAAAUCCACAGCCACAACUGUCCAUCUCUGGACAUUUCCAGGCUACCUUCCAGAAAGCUGGCAUACAAGAGGACGAUACACUGUAAAAUAAUAUAUAUAAAUUUUUUGUAGCUCUCCAGUCUUUUUAAUCUAUUUUUGUACUCAGGAUGCCUCACUUUGUAAAGCACCUCAUCAGCUUCAUACAUUUCUAUUAGUU